CUCACUCUUAUCGAUAACCUUAGUGACCGUCAACCUAUUUGCAAUCCAUCCGCCCAAGGAAGCCCUGUUGCAACAUCCCAAAAAAGUCUCUCUUAAUCUACAAUGGCUGAACAUGGGAUUCCUCGAUACGCCCGUAGAGGGGAGCGGACUGAAGAAGCUCGCCAGCAAGAGCUUCGCAAGAUCGAGAAGUAUCGUGAACUCGAACAGUCGGUCCGAGAAAAGAUUUCGGCACAGCAGUACACACCAGAAACUCUACAGAAGAUAUCCGAACUGCUAAGCAGCAACCCAGAGUACUACACGAUAUGGAAUUAUCGUCGUCAAGUCUUGCGAAGCGAAUUUUCGCGCGCAGAAUCUAGCGGCUCCAACGAAACGGCAGCAGAACAGGUUGCUUCCUUGAUCAAGAACGACUUGCUAUUUCUCAUUCCCUUGCUCAAGAGUUUUCCCAAGUGCUACUGGAUUUGGAACUACCGCGUCUGGCUCUUGGACGAAGCCAAGCGUCUUCUUCCUGCUCCGAUCUCCCGUCGAUUCUGGCAAGAAGAAUUGGGCUUGGUAGGCAAGAUGCUCAACCUGGACAGUAGGAACUUCCACGGCUGGGGUUACAGACGAUUUGUCAUAGAGACUCUUCGGGAGCUCAAGUCCGCAGAGCAACCCAGCGAAGACAUGACCCAGGCUGAAUUUGACUACGCAAAGAAGAUGAUCGGCGCCAACCUGUCGAAUUUCUCUGCUUGGCACUAUCGUACCAAAUUGAUCCAGCGACUUCUAAACGAGCGAUCAGCCAGCGAUGAGGAGCGGAGAAAGAUGCUCGAUGACGAGUUGGAAUUGGUCCAUCGUGCCCUGUGCGACCCAUAUGACCAGUCAUUGUGGUUCUACCACCAGAACUUAAUGUGCGUCUUUGAUCCGACGGUAGCGGCGCAGACAAUGGCACCAAAUCUCAGUGACUCGGAACGCUUGGAAUAUCUCCGCCAAGAGAUCGAAGAAAUCGAAGACAUGCUGGAUGGGGCGGAAGACUGUAAAUAUCUCUACCAAGCCUUGAUCGACUGUACGUUGUUGGCUUGGAAGGUGGAGGGAAUAACUCCCGCCGAUACGCAGAAACGAGCGGUGUUAAAGUGGCUUGCGGAGUUGAAGAAGCUGGACCCGCUGCGACAGCAACGGUGGCUGGAUUUUGAACAGUCACUUGCCUGCUGAGCCGAUCAUGAUCAUCCCUUGCCGACCGAUCUGGAAACUCCGCAUAAGUCCGCAUAAGAAUCUGAUAGGUAGAACGCCAUCUUCGGGAUAUUCUUUAUGAGAUUUGGAUUUCUAUGUCAUUUUUCUAUUCCUUGGUCCCUUUCUCAAUCAAUCCUUGCUUAGCUAUUAUGCUUCUGUGUCCCACAUAUCGUCAUAGACACUAACCAAGUAACAAACUAAAGAUAGCGGGAUACAGAUAUAUACGUACCGCUUAGUUGGUGGAGACGGCAGCUGUCGAGGGGGUGGGUGAAAAUAAUUAUGAAUGUUGGUGGGUUUCAGAAUAAGAGGUGUGUGGCUCUGGGCAGGAAUGUUGCCCUUAGAUAUCGA